AUGUUCACCUUCAUCGACCAUGACGAUGAUCUGAGCUCCAAGAGAAUUAAAGACGCCAAUGCGCGCAAAGCCAUUCGCUCUCAUGUUAUGCGUGACGUGCGCAGGCGAGAGCGACUUGCUGGCUUGAAGAGAGUCCCAAAGCGCGAAUCCCGUCUAAAACAACCUUCACCGUCUACGUCGAUUUCACCGCAGGUGGAAAGCGCCACGUCGGAGUAUCUGUUAGAAGCAGGGGUGGCUUCUCCAUUACCCGCAUCUUCCUCGCUGGCAGACUCCAAUCCCGCCCAUAGCCAUCUUAGAUCCGUACAAGGACGACGGCGACCGAUCGUAUGGAGAGCUGGUUAUUCAGCGCCACCGACUCCUGCGCCCAGCCCUCUGGCUUUUUCACCAUCUUGGCUUCUUGAUCCAUUUGUUUCACUGCCAGGUGCCGAUCAGGCCCCGUCGAGGGUUGCUCGUCUCGUCUUCUAUUGGAAGUCUGUCUUUGUUCCAAUGACGUUUCCGGAGGAGCAUAUGAUCAACGAGCAGGCUGAGACUGGAUUGAUGGUCAAAUCAGCAUUCUCGGAUCCAGGAAGCUUUUUUGGUUUAAUGACUAUGUGUGCGGCUCAUAGAGCUGUAUUGGAUGAAUAUCACAUCGGUUUCUCCCGUGUACCGGAUAGCUCUCGCCAAAUCGAACCCGACGCAGAUUACUAUUUUAUGAAAGUCAGAUGCAUGCAAGAGAUGAACGCUAAAAUGUGUGAUUCUAAUCGUGCACUGAGCGAUGAAUCGUUUGACACGAUGGUCAAUCUGCUGACAAGUACACUGAUCAUAGGCAUGUUCGACGAAGCUCGAAUACAUCUAGGAGGCUUGAAACGCAUGGUGGAGUUGCGGGGAGGCCUCAUGGCAGAUGGCAUUACCCAAUCUUCGAUGCUGGCAGCCAUCAUCACGUCCGAUGUGAAAGCGGCGUCGGGCCUCAUGACCAAGCCAUUGUUCCCUCUUCCCUGGGAUUUCCGACCAGUUCCGUCUAGUGUUCAACAACGGAUUAGACCACCCGCUUCGUCGGUGUUAACGAGGCUGGGUGCAGCCUUCUUUGCCAAUAACCUUCUCAGUCUUCCUCUACUGAGAAUCUUACAUGUGAUGCGUGAUAUAGUUCUUUACAGUCAGGCCUACAGGAAGAGACCCGCCUCUGUUUAUCCUGAGGAUCAUGAGCUUUUUCGCGUGGUAAAUUGCGAGACUGAACACCGGCUCCUUUCUUAUAUAUACACCGAUGGCCAUCAAAGCUCACCUUUUGGAACACAACUGGACAUCAGUCCUAUUGAAGCUGCCACCAGAGUCGCCUGUAUCUGCUUUCUCAAUCAGUUUCUUAUAGUAUCACCACCAUCGAGUGGGCUGGGUCGCGCCCUGACUAAGCACUUGAAAGCAUCUAUGAGCAGUUGCUCACUAUUAUUAGGACCAAAGUCUCCCAAGGACAUAUACGGACUACUCGCGUGGAUGCUAUUCAUCGGGGCUCAAGGUUCAGCCGGACAGGUGGAACAUUCCUGGUUCAUUGACCGGCUUGCUCAGUUGGCCAUGCUUCGUGGCUGGCAGAAAUGGGAACAUGUAGCGGACGUUUUGGCGGACUAUUUCUAUCUACCUGAUAUUCACGGAGCAAUCUGGAAAUCAGCCUGGGAGGAGGCUGUAAUCGGAGUCCUUUCGGAACGAUGUAUCGGGAUGUGUUCCAGCUCAUCGCCAUGGGACUGA